CGACUCUUGCCUCUUUGCGCCGCAUCCUCCACCUUCUUUCCAGCUGAAUAUAUUCACCAGACAAUGAAAGGGUCAAUCCAAUAAUUAAUUCAUUUUCUGUCAAUUUACUCUCUUCCAAUAAUCUACUCGAAACUGCAUGGACCACCAUUCCACGUGACCUAUCUUUCGCUGGCCUCAGGAAGCCACGUCAUUCGGCGGUGAAGCGCAGUUCCCUCACUUUUCUGCCCCUUAAAAAAGAAAGAACAAUCGGGAAGGCGCGCCGUCGCGCUGCUGCAAAAGGGGAAGCGGGCCUCCAUCAAAAGCGAUCGUCAUCCUCGUCUUCUUCCCCUCAUCCUCGUCCUAAUACUUUCCUCUCACUCUCUCCGUUCGAUAUACUCUCUUUCGCCAUCCACCAUCUGUUUUUUCCCCGUUCUUCACCCCUACGAUCGGAUUAUCUCUCCUUGUACAUCAACAUGUCCGAUCCCACCCUCUAUCUCUACACCUCCCUGACUGCGGGGUCGUCCCAUAUCGUCACCGCAACGGCACGCCUGGAGACGAUUCUCAAAGCCAACAAGCUCCCCUUCCGCGCAAUCGAUGUGGCCACGGACGAAGUAGCCAGGAAGCUCUGGGGCCGUCGCUCCAAGGGCAAGAAACUCCCUGGCUUGGUGAAAUUCGGCACUGUUGUCGGAGACUUGGAGCAAGUUGAAGAAUGGAAUGAGUAUGGUGAGCUGAGGAUGCAGGUUAACAGUGUCGAAGACAUCGACAGUAUUCCCGCUACUAGUACUCCGAUCGCACCCCCCUCGGCCGCAUCUACCCCCACCCCCGAACCCACUACCCUCAAACAGAGCACAAUCAAGAUUCAAAGCCCCCCUUCCAAAGAGACCCCGAAAGACACUGCCAUCACGGCUGCUAUGCGCCAGGCUAGCGGGGAGGCCGCUGCCAAAGCUAAGGGUAGCGGCACUCAACCUGUCCCGGCUAAGGAACCUACCCCAGCAAAGGAACCUACCCCGGCUGUUACAGAACAAAAAGAGACUCCGAAAGAGACCCCUGCGGCUGGCGAGCAGUCCGAGGCAGGCAAGGAAGAUACUGUACGUGGGAACGAGGCUGCUCCCGAUACUCAGGCUAGCAAGCCUAGGCGGCCGCCUCUCGUGCCCGAGGUAGCUGCAGAGUCGUCUGCUAAUUUUCAUGCUGAUGCUGCUGAAGCUUUAGGAAUGGUUCAGCACCACCGUGGCUCCAUCAUAUCCGCCACAUCCAAAGAAGAACAAGAAAAAGUUGCACAGGACUUGCGGAAGUCUAUUUCCGGGGGUCAACAGGAUCUUCUCAAAUCCUUGAGGGAGGAUAAUGCGGCGCGGACAGAUCAGGAGGAGACGAUCGAAGAAGAGUAGGAUUGGUGGUGAAACCCAGGAUGGGACCCCGGUCGACAGAAAGCGCGGGCUGCCAAAGUCAACGGCCGGGGUUUUGCGGUUGCAUUCAUUUUGAGACGACGAAUACGACUCAAGCGUCCUAGUUUCGGUUAUCGCGAAACUCUUACCGUUUAUCUUCGUUCCCUGUAAAGAUACCAGCUUUUACUGUUGUUUGCUUGCUGUUUAUUUCUUUCUUUGUAACUUGCUUUCAAUGCUGUAUAUGUUCGAACUGGACUCGUUUCCCAUUACAUACAUAGUUGAUGAUCCCGCUGUCUACCUACUCUAUCCGA